AUGAGCUUAGGAUUCAUCGCCGUCGCCAGUACGGCCGACGUCUUAUCCUUCACGCGCCGCCCCCGGUUCUCACUGCCUCCGCACCACCACCUGGACCGCUCCCCGUUACUCAACCGUCUUACUCUUACUCUUACUCCUCGUAGUACACUUGCUGCGAAGAAUCGGUUCCCGCUCUACAAGGAGUGCUUUCCGUCUCCGUGGAGGCCACGCGCCGUCUUGGGAGAUGGAGGUGGUUUGGAAUGGCAGCAGGACGCCGGAGCCACAGCCUUGGUGGUCGCCGGGGCUUAUGCUCUCGUCUCCGCUUUUGAUAGCCUCACCGGCCGUAAUCUCAUUCAACAGAUUAGCACAUCCACAGGAGCUCGAUACUUUGCUUCUAUAGUUCCCUUUGUUAACUGCUUGCGACUUCUUAUUUAUGGCCUUUCCUUGGCUAAGGAUGAAGGACUCGUAAACUCUGUCACUCGAGAGGGAAAGCCAGAGGAAUUGCUAAGAGGACCUCUAUACUAUGUUCUGAUGUUGAUUUUGAGUGCAAUGUUCUUCUGGCGUGAUUCUCCAGUUGGGGUGAUUGCGGUGUCAAUGAUGUGUGGUGGUGAUGGCAUUGCUGAUAUCAUUGGGCGAAGAUUUGGAUCCGUAAAACUGCCUUACAAUCACCGUAAGAGUUGGGCUGGUAGCAUCUCCAUGUUUGUAUUCGGUUUCCUGGUCUCCAUUGGAAUGCUGUACUACUUUUCAUCCCUUGGAUACUUUGAAUUGAAUUGGAACAACACAAUCCAAAGAGUUGCUUUUGUUUCCCUGGUGGCAACUCUGGUGGAAUCGCUGCCUAUCACUGGGAAAGUAGAUGAUAAUAUCUCAGUUCCUUUAGCAAGCAUGGUAGCUGCAUAUUUAAGUUUUGGAUUGUAG